AUUGGACAUAUCAACGGAACAGAUGGAAGCACAUGCUGCAAGAUUAAUAUUGAACGCUUACUUUUCAACAUUAUUGGUGUACAAUUUCGUAGGAGCACAAUACUCAUAAAGUAUGCCUAAACAUGUUUGCUCUAAAUAAAUUUGUCGUGUAUUGUAAAUGUUUAAUGAUUAUUGGUGUAUCACCGAAUCGCUAAAUUGGCUUCAUUAUCGUUGGGAAAUUGUCUCAAGACAAAAGUGUAUCACCGAAUCGCUAAAUUGGCUUCAUUAUCGUUGCGAAAUUGUCUGAAGACAAGAGUUUUAAGGAUAAAAAAUGAUGCGUUUUGUUGUCAUCUUGUGGUUGAUGCUGGCCGUGACUCUUAAAUUGGCCGUCAAAUCGGGAUGGAACAAAAAGUUUGAAUUUUGUGAAGAUAAAUGGAAUGUGUUUGUUCAAGAAAAAAAUAAAUCGGAAGAAAGGUGCGGAAAUUUGUCUUUAACUAAUGGUUGCAUCGAAGAGAAAAAUUAUCUUUUGGAACGAUUCAGGAUGUUCAGUGAAAUUUGUCCACUUGAAGGUAAAUGUUGGUGUGCAAAAAUGUCGUGAAAAAUGCUCGAAAUUUGGAAACGAGUAGCAAAUAUAUCUUGGAGUGAACCGGAAAACUUCACUUGUUCUCAUAAAUACAUAAAAGAAGGAGAGGAAAAGCCGAACAUUAGUUCUCCACAGUUGUUCUUAAUAGGACAGCACGAAAUUCCGUACAAGCACUUUCUGUAUGGUGGAAAAACUUCAACAUGCUAUGUUCAUAUUAACGUUAUAGUCAAAAGCUGUGAUUUUCAAAAGGGACUGGGAACUACUUUAUGUCCAUGGCACAACGUAGAAGGUGACGAUGACUUUGACUGGAAACUUAGUACAUCAUACUCAUCAUUUCGUUGGGAUCCACCACGCUAUGAUGCUACAGGCUUCAGUAUUGGACGAUAUCUUCGUUUUGGAUCAUUUAUUUCAGGCAAAGCUUGGUUGGUUGGAAACUAUCGAAACGACUCUCUCGUGUGUUUUUCAUUUUCGUAUUAUAUUGUCAGUCAUUAUAAUACAUUAAAUAUCUACCAAGAAUAUUUUCACAAUGGAUACAAUCCCUUACUGUGGUCAUUAAGUGGUGAUCAAGGAACUAAGUGGAAAAAAGGCCAAGUCACAGUUAAUUUUACAAUGGGUCUAUCUAGGUUAAUCGUUGAAGCUGUCGUGCGUAGAGACAAAGACAACAAUGUAGCUCUCGACAAUCUUACUUUUGCUCUAGGAAGCUGCGACACAAUACCAAAGGUGGCCAUUCCUAGCAAUGCUUUUGAUUGUUCCAAUGGUUCAUUUUUCUCGUUUCUAAAUAAGAAAUGCAACAAAUGUCCCAGUUCUACUUACCAGCCGUACACAAAUCAAACUCGUUGUCUUACCUGUAAUGAGAGUAAAGGUACCAUCAAUAUUGGCGCUGUGAGUGAACAAGAAUGUAUAAAAGUCGAAAACUGUGAUUUUCAAAAAGGACUGGGAACAACUGUUUGUCCAUGGCGCAAUGUGGAAGUAGACGAUGACUUAAACUGGGAACUUGAUACUGCAUAUAGAAACUCAAUUUAUGACGCUUCUGGUUCUAAUUUUGGACGAUAUCUUCGUUUGGGAUCAUAUAUUUCAGGCAAAGCUUGGUUGGUUGGAAACUAUCGCAACGACUCUCUCGUGUGUUUUUCAUUUUCGUAUUACAUGUAUCGCAGUUAUAAUGAGACAAUGAAUAUCUACCAAGAAUAUUUUCACAAAGGAUACAAUCUUUUACUGUGGUCAUUAAGUGGUGAUCAAGGAACUAAGUGGAGAAAAGGCCAAGUCACAGUUAAUUUUACAAUGGGUCUAUCUAGGUUAAUCGUUGAAGCUGUCAUGAGUGGAUACGAAACAUACUUUGUAGGUCUCGACAAUCUUGCUUUUGCUCCAGGAAGCUGUGACACAAUACCAAAGGUGGCCAUUCCUGGCAAUGCUUUUGAUUGUUCAAUUGGUUCAUUCUUUUCCUUUAAAAGUAAGAAAUGUGAAAAAUGUCCCAUCUAUACAUAUCAACCAUAUCCAAAACAAACUCGUUGUCUUCCCUGUAAUGAGAGUAAAGGUACCAUCAAUGUUGGUGCAGUGAGUGAACGAGAAUGUAUAAAAGUCAAAAGAUGUGAUUUUCAAAAGGGACUGGGAACUACUUUAUGUCCAUGGCACAACGUAGAAGGUGACGAUGACUUUGACUGGAAACUUAGUACAUCAUACUCAUCAUUUUAUGACCCACCACGCUAUGAUGAUACAGGCUUCAGUAUUGUUGUUGUAGGACGAUAUCUUCGUUUGGGAUCAGAUAUUUCAGGCAAAGCUUGGUUGGUUGGAAACUAUCGCAACGACUCUCUCGUGUGUUUUUCAUUUUCGUAUUACAUGUAUAUCAGUUAUUCUGUUGGGUCAUUAAAUAUUUACAAAGAAUAUUUUCACAAUGGAUACAUUCUUUUACUGUGGUCAUUAAGUGGUGAUCAAGGAACUAAGUGGAAAAAAGGCCAAGUCACAGUUAAUUUUACCAUUGGUCAAUCUAGGUUAAUCGUUGAAGCUGUCGUGCAAAGAUACACAAAAAUCGUUGUAGCUCUCGACAAUCUUGCUUUUGCUUCAGGAAGCUGCGACACAAUACCAAAGGUGGCCAUUCCUAACAAUGCUUUUUGGGAUCCAAUGCAGCAAUAGAGCCACAUGACUUUCAUCCAGCAUGUUGAGGGCCGACGAAUCAUAUACCGCUGGUCAAAGAGCGAAGAUUUUAAUAAAACGAA